AGGAGAAUGGCAAGGACAGCGGUAGACCACAAGCAAUAAAUGAGGAUAUGUCAUCAAUGCAGAGCAGAGAUCGCAGUGUUACUUGUAAUCUGAAAUGUGCUAUGACAAGCAGCACUGUGAGGCUCUAUAACUGUACAGAGUGUGAAAAAUGCUUUACUAUGAACUCAGACCUGGUUAAACAUCGAAGAGUCCACAAAGUCAAAAACUUGGCUUGCAAUGAGUGCGGCAAACACUUCUCUUACAGAUCACACCUUCUUAAACACCAGAGGAUCCACACGGGAGAAAAGCCAUUUUCUUGCGAAGAAUGUGGAAAAAGUUUUACCAGUAAAAUAAAUCUUAUAACGCAUCAGAGAACUCACACGGGGGAAAAACCGUUUGCUUGUACUGUAUGUGGAAAAUGUUUUACAAUUAAAACAAAUCUUUUUAGACAUCAAACCAUUCACACAGGAGAGAAACCUUUUGCCUGCUCAGAAUGUGGGAAAUGUUUCACUAGCAGUUCACGAUUUCUCGCACAUCAAACCAUUCACACAGGCGAGAAACCAUUUUCUUGUACAGAAUGUGGCAAACGUUUUUCCGAUAACUCCUAUCUUGUCAGACAUCAAAGGAUUCACACAGGAGAGAAGCCAUUUGUAUGUUCUGAUUGUGGGAAAUGUUUUAUUACCAGUUCAAAUCUAAUUUCCCAUCAGAGAACACACACAGGAGAGAAGCCUUUCUCCUGUAAUGUGUGCAAAAAAAGUUUUAACACCAGCUCACAUCUGACCAAGCACAAGCGGAUCCACACAAGGCAAACACCGUAUUCCUGUUCUGAAUGUGGAAAUUGUUUUACUAGAAGCUCUCAUCUUGUCUCACAUUUAAGUAUUCACUCAGGAGAAAAACCAUUUGCUUGCCCUGAGUGCGGGAAAUGUUUUGGAUGCAAGAGCUACCUUAAUAGACAUAUGAAAAUCCAUACAGAGCGAGAGAAUACCUUUCAAUAAAGUAUAUGUUUAGGUUUAGCUUUCUCCCCUUACAGAUUAAACUGCUGCUAAUUCAGUCUGCUAUGGUAGCUUACCGAGAUCUUGAUAUUAUGCUUUAAAGGAACAUUGAAGUCAUGUUUUUGUUAAAAGAUUACAUGAAAAAAUAGCAAUCAGAAUGAAACCACAACCCUUGCUACUGAGGGAUUUCAAACAGAGCAGCAGGUUUCUCCUCUGUAAGUCCACAGCCUUCUUCACUUCUUGUGUGUUGGUAUUAUUUUAUUUGUCAUUUUGUUGUUAAAUAUUUUCAUGCUACAAUUGUAAAGCAUUGUGGAAACUGUUGGC